AUGACUUACUCUAUGGCUGUGUAUAACGGCAAAGGAACAAACAAUACGCAGACCCAAAGACCCACACUCACACCCCGCAGACCCCCACAGACGCAGACCCAAAGACCCACACUCACACACCGAGACCCCACAGACGCAGACCCACCAGCACGACCCACAGAGACCCACCACCACACCCCCAAGCAGACCCCCACAGACGCAGACCCCCAUAAGACCCCACUCACACCACGCAACGCAGACCCAAGACCCCACACUCACACACCGCAGACCCCCACAGACGAGACACCAAAGACCCACACUCACAACGCCCCCGCACAGACGCAGACCCAAAGACCCACACUCACACACCGCAGACCCACAGACGCAGACCCAAGACCCACACUCACACACCCCGCAGACCCCCAAGACGCAGACCCAAAAGACCGCAGACCCCCACAGACGCAGACCCAAAGACCCACACCACACAACCCGCAGACCCCCACAGACGCAGACCCAAAGACCCACCGCAGACCCCCACAGACGCAGACCCAAAGACCCACACUCACACACCGCAGACCCCACAAGCAGACCCAAAGGACCCACACUCACUCUCCGCAGACCCCCACAGACGCAGACCCCCACACUCAGAGACCCACCGCAGACCCCAAGACCCACACUCACCACACCGCAGACCCCACAGACGCAGACCCAAAGACCCACACUCACACACCGCAGACCCCCACAGACGCGACCCAAAGACCCACACUCACGCUAGACCCCACAAACGCAGACCAAAAGACCCACACACACCCCGCAGACCCCCACAGACGCAGACCCCAAAGACACACUCACACCCGCCCAGACCCCCACAGACGCAGACCCAAAGACCCACACUCACACACCGCAGACCCCCACAGACGCCCCCAAAGACCCACACUCACCACAGACGCCCCCACAGAGACCCAAAGACCCACACUCACACCCGCAGACCCCCACAGACGCAGACCCAAAGACCCCACACUCACACCCCGCAGACCCCCACAGACGCAGACCCAAAGACCCACACUCACACCCCGCAGACCCCCACAGACGCAGACCCAAAGACCCACACUUCACACCCCGCAGACCCCCACAGACGCAGACCCAAGACCCACAUCACACCCCGCAGACCCACAGACGCAGACCCAAAGACCCACACUCACACCCCGCAGACCCCCACAGACGCCAGACCCAAAAGACCCACACUCACACCCGCAGACCCCACAGACGCAGACCCAAAGACCCACACUCACACCCCGCAGACCCCACAGACGCAGACCCCCACACUCACACCCCGCAGACCCACAGACGCAGACCCAAAGACCCACACUCACACACCGCAGACCCCACAGGACGCAGACCCAAAGACCCACACUCAUACCCGCAGACCCCCACAGACGCAGACCAAAGACCCACACUCACACCCCGCAGACCCCCCCCCCACAGACGCAGACCCAAAGACCCACACCACACCGCAGACCCCCACAGACGCAGACCCAAAGACCACACUCACACCCCGCAGACCCCCACAGACGCAGACCCAAAGACCCACACUACACCCCGCAGACCCCACAGACCAGACCCAAAGACCCACACUCACACCCCGCAGACCCCCACAGACGCAGACCCAAAGACCCACACUCACACCCCGCAGACCCCCACAGACGCAGACCCAAAGACCCACACUCACACCCGCAGACCCCCACAGACACAGACCCAAAGACCCACACUCACACCCCGCAGACCCCCACAGACAUCCCCAAUCCCCAGCCGCCCGAGCAAAACCGGAACACCUGCACGCGCGAGGUGGGCAUCUGCGGCUCCCCGCCCUUUGGCCUUUCAAACCGUGGUCCUCAAGCCCCGACGGCUGAAUACUUAUGCAGGAAGUUUAAAGAGAUUAGCUAUCUCCGUAAUCAGAUUCGGAAAGAUGAAACACAGCGAGAAACGGAAAUGGAAAAUGCCCUGGGACCAUUUCCAUCGAAAAUGCACCGGGGCUUUGGUGUACUGUCGAACUGCCUGCGUUCACAGUAA